AUUUUGGGACUGUGGCGUGCUCCGUGCUCCUGCUCCCCCAUUCCAUUCAAUUUACCAAUUUGGAAAAAAACUCACAUCGCAUAUUUGUAAAAAUCAGCCGUGGCGACGCACCAAAUCAGCUGUGCAGAUAUAAAAAUAUACAAAAAACUAUUUAAAGCAUUAAUAAUUUGCUACUCAAAUUCUAUCAAAUCAAAACAUUGAACUUUUUUCCAUGAGAAUAACAAAGAAUUUUCAAUAAAAUUUCACAAGACAAAAAAAAGCAAAAAUAGCUGUAAAUCAAAAGAAGAAUAUUCUUUUACAAAAGAAAGGGAGUGUGCAUUGAGUUGCUUGCUAAAGAAAAAAUAAAACGAAAAAGAAAAACUACACAACAAAAAUGUCGGAAAUAAAAUCAAUGGAACAUGCGACACUCAAAGUGCCCUACGAAGUGUUGAACAAGAAAUUUCGUGUGGCCCAGAAAACACUGGAUCGCGAGGUCGAUCAGACCUUUAGUGCGACCAAGGAGGUGGAAAAAGCCAUGAAGGGACAAAAUCCAACAAUUGCUGAGAUUAGCAAACUUGUUGGUGGAGUUGUGGAACGUUUGCAAGUGCUCAAACGAAAAGCUGACGAAAGUAUUUCGGAUGAGUUGGCUGCCAGUUAUGUGUGCAAAAGAAAACUGGAACAUUUGAAGGCCAAUGCAUCGCCUGAGAUGAAGACGAGCUAUGAAAUUUGGCAAGCAUCUGUGGAUCAAUGGAAGAGGAUUCGCAUGGAUCGAAUGGUUAUUGAACAUCUCUUGCGAAUGGGUUAUUAUGAGACUGCGGAGAAAUUAGCUGAUCGCAGUGACAUCAGACAUUUGACCAACUUAGACAUUUUCCAAACAUCUCGUGAAGUUGAAGAAGAUUUGGCUAAUCAUCGUACAGCAAAAUGUGUACUCUGGUGCAAUGACAAUAAAUCUAAGCUUCGCAAAAUCAAUUCAAAUAUUGAAUUUCAAUUGCGUGUUCAGGAAUUUGUCGAGUUGGUGCGAUUCAAUAAUCGAACAGAAGCAGUUAGACAUGCCCGCAAAUAUUUCCCAGCAUUUGAUAAGACACAAUUAAAUGAGAUUUGCAAAUGUAUGGCACUUCUCGCUUAUCAACCAGAUACUCAAAUCGAUCCAUACAAAGGCCUUUUUGACAUGGGACGUUGGGAUACAUUGGUAUUGAAUUUCCGCAAUGAAAAUUACAGAUUAUUCCAACUUUCAACACAGUCACUUUUGAGUGUUGCAGUUCAGGCUGGUUUAUCAGCACUGAAGACUGCUCAAUGUUACUCACCAACAUGCAAGAACCUCAACUGUCCCGUUUGUCAAGAGGACUUGAACCAAAUCGCCAUGACGUUGCCAUUUUCUCACUGUGUACAAAGUCGUCUAUUUUGCAGGAUAACAGAGUUGCCAUUAAACGAACACAAUCAACCAAUGAUGCUUCCAAACGGCCAAAUUUAUGGUCAAUUGGCUAUUCCUAGGAUAACAGAUGAAAAUGGUACUGUCGUGUGCCCCGUAACUAAAGCUAAAUUUUCGAAUCCGAAAAUCGAAAAAGUAUUUUUCAUGUGAAUAAUAACAUGUUUCAAGGAUAAAUCUCCACAUUUAUUUUAUUCUUUUUUGAAAUAUCUACUUUAUUCUAUUUUUUUUUUUUUUUUAAGAAUUCGUUAUGUUUGAUUAACUUUAAAUUUUAAGUUUUACUCUAUUCUUAUAAUAAUAAUCUUAAUUUUUUGUAUGUUUAAGAUUAAACCAAAACCACAAUGAACCGUUGGUUAUGCAUAAAACAAAACAUUUACCUAUACUUUGUGAACUCACAUAUAAUAUAAAAUUAUGAAAAAAUAUAUUUUUAUUAAUAUGUAAAAAAAACGAUAUCAAACAAUUCAUAGAAAAAUGAAUUACCGCUAACUAUGUAUAUCUUUGAAGUACUACCGAUAUAAAAUAAAUAAAUAAAAACAAAUAUUACAUUUGAAAUUAA